CUCGAAUCGUGGAGACGGUGAUUCAUCCGAGAUCCGUCAUCUGCACGAAUCUUGGAGAUGAUGGCGAGAUCCUCGAAGCUUGCUUUAUGACGUGAAGGGAUCGAACAAGAAUCAAAAAGUGGUGCCAGAUGCGGCGUCACUUGGCGGUUGAUUGCGUUUAUUGCCCGAUGAACUCGGGAGACAGCGGAGGAGCUCCUGAAAGCUCGUGCGGUGUUCGGUUUUCUCGUCCUUGGGAUAAUUUAAUAUUGAUCAAAGAUUUCUAAGGUUUCGUUAGUAUGGGGAUCGAGGAUGGACAUAGCGUAGCCGCUGCGUCCUUGGAGCACCUUGUCUUCGCUUAUUACGUGACUGGACACGGAUUUGGCCACGCUACUCGUGUUGUUGAGGUUGUGCGGCAUCUUAUAGCUGCUGGGCACGAUGUUCAUGUAGUAACUGGUGCUCCAGACUUUGUGUUCACGACCGAGAUACAGUCGCCCAAUCUCCACCUAAGAAAGGUUUUGUUGGAUUGUGGUGCAGUUCAAGCUGAUGCUUUAACUGUGGAUCGUCUUGCUUCCUUGGAAAAGUAUCAUGAGACAGCAGUGUUACCUCGGGCUUCAAUUUUGGCAACGGAAGUGGAAUGGCUGAAUUUCAUCAAAGCUGAUCUAGUGGUCUCAGAUGUUGUUCCUGUAGCUUGCCGUGCAGCAGCAGAUGCUGGGAUUCGUUCUGUUUGUGUCACCAACUUCAGUUGGGAUUUUAUAUAUGCAGAAUAUGUAAUGGAAACUGGUCGUCACCAUCGCUCAAUUGUUUGGCAGAUAGCAGAAGAUUAUUCUCAUGGUGAAUUGUUGCUCCGACUUCCUGGUUACUGCCCCAUGCCAGCAUUUCAAGAUGUUAUUGAUGUUCCUCUAGUUGUUAGGAGGCUGCAUAAAUCUCGCACACAGAUCAGGGAGCAAUUAGGAAUUGGAAAUGAUGUGAAAGUGGUAAUCUUCAAUUUUGGCGGUCAGCCAGCGGGAUGGAAUCUCAAGCAAGAGUGGUUACCGGAUGGUUGGCUAUGUCUGGUCUGCGGUGCCUCUGACAAGCAAGAGCUCCCUCCAAAUUUUGUAAAACUUGCAAAGGACGCCUACACACCUGAUAUAAUUGCCGCUUCAGAUUGCAUGCUUGGUAAAAUCGGAUAUGGAACUGUCAGUGAAGCUUUGGCAUAUAAGCUGCCUUUUGUUUUUGUUCGCAGAGACUAUUUUAAUGAAGAGCCAUUUCUGCGCAAUAUGCUUGAGUAUUACCAAGGUGGUGUGGAGAUGAUUAGAAGGGAUUUGCUCACUGGGCACUGGGCUCCUUAUCUUGAGCGUGCACUAACUCUGCAGCCAUGCUAUGAUGGAGGAAUUAAUGGUGGUGAGGUAGUAGCUAGCAUACUGCAAGAUACUGCUAUUGGAAAAAAGUAUGCUUCAGAAAAGUUAAGUGGAGUUAGGCGGCUCCGUGACGCUAUAGUGCUUGGAUAUCAACUGCAAAGAGCUCCGGGAAGAGACAUUAGUAUACCUGACUGGUAUUCACUGGCUGAAAAUGAAGUUGGGCUUCGUUUUGCGUCAGUGGACACUCGGACAAAUGGAAAAAGUUCAGUACAAGAAUCGCGCUUUGAAGACUUUGAGAUACUUCAUGGUGAAUUGCAUGGCUUGCCUGAUACAAUGGCCUUUCUAAAGAGCUUAUCAGGAUUAAAUUCUGUUACCGAACCAAGGAGUUCAGAAAAGCGUCAAAUACGAGAACGAGUUGCUGCUGCAACACUUUUUGACUGGGAGGAAGAAAUUUAUGUUGCUAGAGCACCUGGAAGAUUGGAUGUUAUGGGAGGAAUUGCUGAUUAUUCUGGGAGCUUUGUUUUGCAGAUGCCUAUUAGAGAGGCCUGCCAUGUUGCUGUUCAGAAGAGCAAACCUAACAAGCAAAAGCUCUGGAAACAUGCUCAAGCACGACAACGAGCUAAAGGACAAGGACCUAUUCCUGUUCUUCAAAUUGUAUCUUUUGGGUCUGAAUUGAGCAAUCGAGCACCAACCUUUGAUAUGGAUCUACCAGAUUUAAUGGAUGGUGAACAACCAAUGUCAUAUGAAAAAGCCAAAAAGUAUUUUGCACAAGAUCCAUCUCAGAAGUGGGCUGCCUAUGUUGCUGGAACUAUUCUUGUCCUAAUGACUGAGCUUGGAUUGCGUUUUACUGAAAGUUUAAGCAUACUGAUAUCUUCUGCUGUCCCAGAGGGAAAAGGAGUUUCUUCUUCUGCAUCAGUGGAAGUGGCCACCAUGUCUGGUAUUGCUGCUGCUCAUGGACUAAAUCUUGAUCCAAGGGAGCUUGCACUGCUUUGUCAAAAGGUAGAGAAUCACGUAGUUGGGGCUCCCUGUGGUGUAAUGGACCAAAUGACAUCUGCUUGUGGUGAAACUGACAAACUGCUUGCCAUGGUUUGCCAGCCUGCAGAAGUAAAGGAAUUGGUCACAAUUCCAAGUCACAUCCGAUUUUGGGGUCUUGAUUCUGGAGUCCGACACAGUGUUGGUGGGACUGAUUAUGGAUCAGUGAGAAUAGGAACUUUUAUGGGGCGGAAAAUGAUCAAAUCUGCAGCCUCUUUGUUGUUAUCUCACUCUCUGGCUAACUUGAAUUCCAACCAGCAAGUUGAUGAAAUUAAUUCAGAUGAGUAUGAAGAGCAUGGAAUUGACCUUCUGAAGAAAGAAGCUUCAUUAGAUUACUUAUGUAAUAUUUCAACUCAUAGAUAUGAAGCUGUUUAUGCAAAGAAACUUCCUGAGCACAUUACUGGAGAAUCUUUCUUAGAAAAAUAUACUGACCAUAAUGAUACAGUAACUGUUAUUGAUCCCAAGCGAACUUAUGCUGUUAAAGCUCCUACUAAACAUCCAAUAUAUGAAAAUUUCCGAGUUGAGGCCUUCAAAGCACUACUAACUGCCACAAAUUCAGAUCAACAGCUUUCAUCGCUAGGUCAACUUAUGUAUCAGUGCCAUUACAGUUACAGUGAGUGUGGACUUGGUUCGGACGGCACUGAACGGAUUGUGAAGCUAGUGCAAGAGAUGCAGCAUCGCAGAGCGUCACGUGAUGGAGGCAUGAGUUUGUUUGGUGCAAAAAUCACUGGCGGCGGCUCAGGUGGCUCGGUCUGUGUCAUUGGGCGGAACUGCAUUAGUAGUAGUGAAGAAAUUUUAGAGAUUCAGCAGAGAUAUAAAGCUGAAACUGGUUACCUGCCUAUUAUCUUCGAAGGCUCAUCGCCAGGUGCUGGGAAGUUUGGUUAUCUAAAAAUCCGCUAUCGAGCUUCCAAUUUCAGUGAUCAGUGUUAGCUAGCACUUCAUGCCAAUCCAUUUCGGCACUAUUUUGAACCUAAAAUUAAGAUUCAAGACUAGUAAUGUUGAAGGUAAUAAAAAUUCUGUUUUCGGAUGUAUAUAUUUUAGUCCUUGGCGCAUAUAAAAAACUGCUCUUCUAAUGUGUAAAUAGC